CAGAAAAAGAAAAAUUCUAUCCCGUUUUCAACGACGCUGGCUGGACGAGAAAGUUCUAAAACCAGAGAGGGGGCAGGGGGUGGCGCCUCCUGUUUUGGCAAUCCAAAGUUCGAAACUGUGACAGGGGCCCUGGGACCUGGAUUCGCGCGUCCCCAUGGGCAGCCACAGACGCUGAAUAUAAAAGGGGCACUGCAUCUUCAUCCCUCUUGUCCGUGUAUGAACACUGCGUCUACUCCCUCUGCCAUCGCUGCACCUGACGAUCUGGUUUCCCGGAACCGCUUUGGGAGGUACUCAUCUGGUUGCGCAUUGAAUCGCACCAAAUCGCGGGAAUUAGUGCCAAUGGGUCUCGCCGACGAUUCUCUGGUUAAAAUCGAGACAGGGGAUGCCGGAUACGUGCUCGAGGAUGUUCCCCAUAUCAUCGAUUACGUUUCUGAUCUCCCUACCUAUCCCAAUCCGUUGCGAUUCAACCCUGCAUAUUUAGUUGUUAAGCAGUAUUUCGUUCAUGUGGAUGAUACUGUUCCCCAAAAGGUUGUUGUUCACAAGAAUGGUCCAAGAGGGAUUCAUUUUCGUCGUGCAGGACCUCGCCAAAAGGUGUAUUUUGAGUCAGAUGAAGUGCAUGCAUGCAUUGUAACAUGUGGUGGUCUGUGCCCUGGGCUCAACACAGUGAUCAGGGAAAUUGUCUGUGGCCUUUACCAUAUGUAUGGUGUCACCAAAAUCCUUGGGAUAGAUGGAGGAUACAAGGGUUUCUAUUCUCGAAAUACUAUCACUUUGAACCCCAAGGUUGUGAAUGAUAUCCAUAAACGUGGUGGAACCAUACUUGGUACGUCACGAGGAGGCCAUGAUACUUCAAAAAUUGUUGACAGCAUUCAAGAUCGUGGAAUUAAUCAGGUUUAUAUAAUUGGAGGUGAUGGAACUCAAAAGGGUGCAUCUGUUAUCUUUGAGGAAAUUAGACGGCGUGGCCUCAAAGUUAUUGUUGCUGGAAUCCCCAAAACUAUAGAUAAUGAUAUUCCGGUCAUUGACAAAUCCUUUGGUUUUGAUACUGCUGUUGAGGAGGCUCAACGUGCCAUUAAUGCAGCACAUGUUGAAUCUGAGAGUAUAGAGAAUGGAAUUGGUGUUGUGAAGCUGAUGGGACGCUACAGUGGGUUCAUUGCAAUGUAUGCUACUCUUGCCAGUCGGGAUGUGGACUGCUGUUUAAUUCCAGAGUCACCUUUCUUUCUUGACGGGAAAGGUGGACUUUUUGAAUUUAUAGAGAAAAGGCUUAAAGAAAAUGGACACAUGGUUAUUGUGAUUGCUGAAGGAGCAGGACAGGAACUUAUUUCAGAGAGCGUAAGCCAGCAGGAUGCUUCAGGAAACAAGCUACUCCAAGAUGUUGGGCUGUGGAUAUCUCAGAAAAUCAAGGAUUAUUUUACAAAACAAAAAAAGAUGGUCAUCAAUCUUAAAUAUAUAGAUCCUACAUACAUGAUCCGUGCUAUUCCGAGCAAUGCAUCUGAUAACGUGUGCUGCACGCUGCUUGCUCAAAGUGCUGUUCAUGGGGCAAUGGCAGGGUAUACAGGCUUCACAGUUGGGCUUGUUAAUGGCAGACACACCUACAUUCCUUUCAACCGGAUCACUGAGAGGCAGAACAAGGUAGUUAUAACUGACAGAAUGUGGGCAAGGCUCCUUUCUUCAACCAACCAGCCAAGCUUCUUAAGCCCCAACGAUGCCAAUGAAGCCAGGAAAGAGGCAGGGCCUCCAACAGGGUUGUUGGAUGGGGAGAAUUGCAAAGAGGAGCAUUUGGAAAAGUAGACACCAGUAUGGAGCACCAGAGACUUGUUUUCAGCACUCUCUUCAUCACCUUCUGCUUCAGUGUUGACGUAUUUGCCAACCCAAGAUCCAGGGUUGAUGACUGAUUGUGCUUCUUUCUUACGACCAUAUUUUCUUUUAAGUGUAUUGUAUUGUGUUGUAUUGUAUUGAGGUGUACUUCUGUUAAAAUGGCACAAAUCUGUGAUAUCUUUUUUGGACGUUUUAAUAAAAUGUCCUUUCACUCUUUUGUCUCUACAAA